GGACGCAUGGAAUACCUCGUGAAAUGGAAGGGCUGGUCGCAGAAGUACAGCACGUGGGAGCCCGAAGAAAAUAUCCUGGAUGCUCGCUUGCUUGCAGCCUUUGAGGAAAGGGAACGGGAGAUGGAGCUCUAUGGCCCCAAAAAGCGAGGACCCAAGCCCAAAACCUUUCUUCUCAAGGCCCAGGCCAAGGCAAAGGCCAAAACGUAUGAAUUCAGAAGUGAUUCUGCCAGAGGCAUCCGGAUCCCUUACCCAGGCCGAUCACCCCAGGAUUUGGCAUCUACUUCCAGGGCCCGAGAGGGCCUUCGGAACACAGGUCUAUCCCCACCGGGGAGCAGCACCAGUGCCUGCAGGACAGAUCCACCUCGGGAUCGAGAAAGAGGUGCCAGUCGAAUAGAUGACAAGCCCAGCUCACCGGGGGACAGCUCCAAGAAGCGGGGACCCAAGCCCCGGAAGGAGCUCCUGGACCCUUCACAGAGGCCCUUGGGAGAGCCCAGUGAUGGCCUUGGAGAAUACCUCAAAGGCAGGAAGCUGGAUGACACCUCUUCUGGGACAGGAAAAUUCCCAGCAGGCCACAGCGUGAUCCAGCUUGCUCGAAGGCAGGACUCAGACCUGGUACAAUAUGGUGUGACCAGUCCUAGCUCGGCAGAGGCCUCGGGCAAGUUGUCUGUGGACACCUUUCCAGCCAGGGUGAUCAAACACAGGGCUGCUUUCCUGGAGGCCAAAGGCCAAGGUGCCCUGGAUCCUGGUGGCCCCAGGGUUCGACAUAGUUCAGGUACCCCAGGCUCAGUGGGGAGCCUGUAUCGGGACAUGGGGACUCAAGGGGGAAGGCCCUCCCUCAUCGCCAGGAUCCCAGUGGCCAGAAUCUUGGGUGACCCAGAGGAAGAGUCUUGGAGCCCCUCCUUGACUAACCUGGAGAAGGUGGUUGUCACAGAUGUGACCUCAAACUUUUUGACCGUCACCAUUAAGGAGAGUAACACGGACCAAGGCUUCUUUAAGGAGAAAAGAUGAAUUCCUGGGGGUGGGGAGCCCAGGACCAGAACAGGGGAGAGUGAGCUCAAACGUGGCUUAGUGCUUUUUAUUUCUGGGUGGCUGUUGCCUUCUGGCUGGUCCUGUCCUUAACUUUACACCCUCUUUCCCAAGUCCCUUUCAUUCCUCCUUUCUCAGUUCUGGUUGGAAAUUAUCUAGAGUUCUAUUUUCUAUUAGAUGUAAAUAUGUUAUUUAAGAAAAAUAUCUAAAUAUAUAUAUUUCAACUCUUGAAGUUCUUUUAUUUAAACAAGGAGAGAGAGAGAUUGUGGUUUGAUAGAGGCAGACAGACUGAGUCGUACAGGAGGGGACCUGUCCAGAAGGGUGCUAGGAGAGGUGGGGGCCUGGGCACCGGGAUUCUGGAGGGAUUGUGAAGGGACCCAGCCGGCCCACCUCCUCCUUCCACCGCCGGAUUCCCAGUGCCAGACUCCUGGCACCCAGGCAGGAUUUUUGCUUUCCUUCCCAUUGGCCAGCUAGGCCAACAAAAGGUUGGCUUCCCAAUCAGAAAAAGGGGGUGGGGUCAGCCCAGUUUUCUUUUUUCUAUCUUCUUGCUUCUUUCUCUCUUUUUCUUUUUAAAGAUUAAGACGACUAUUAGGGAAAAAAGUAUUAAAUAACUUUUUUUGCGCGUGUUGUUGAAGGUAAAAGAGGUUGCGAGUGGGUGUGGCGCAGUUCUCCCAUGACCACACAAGGAGAUGCACUUUAUGGGGGGUGUGAGUGCCGUACACGCGGAUUGUGUGUGUGCCAUGUGGACAAAAAUCUCUCCACCCCCUCGAUUCCUCCCCUUACUUUCCAGAGAGAAAAAGAAAUCCAGCGAAUUUGUUUACAUUCCCGAAAUGCCAGGAUAUAUUGGGAGGAUUGCGUGUCAGUGCCCAGAGCACCAGACAGUUGUUUUGCAAGAAAAAUGUUCAGGCGGACUUUUCUUUUGCGAGUCCUCUAACUUUGGCAGAAGACAGGGCGGCCCACCUCCCAGGAAGACUUGGACAAGCCUGGUUCGUCGGGGGAGGGUGGGACGAACGGCCGCCUGGCCACUCCACGGGGCUGGCGACAGGCUGCGCUCCAGGCUGGUCGGGCUGGGCGCAGGGGUCGCAGCCUGAGUGGAACUUGGUCAGGUGGGGCUCGGGGCGGAAGGGAUCGCCUGGGUUCCCAUCCAAGAAUGUGCGUUAGAAGUUUAGUGCCCCCGCCUUCCCCUUUCUUAAAAAGUAAAAGCUGUAAUUUAUAGUCCUUUUCGAUUCUCGGAGUGCUCGCUAAAUGAACUCGACUCAACGUUCAGACUCCGCGGAAGGGGGCGGGGGAGCGCGAGGUGGAGAGGGGCGCGACCAGGGACAACAGGAGCCCCGCGACCCUCUGCGCCCCUGGUCCUGGCCCACUACAGACGGCGCCACGCGCAGCUCGGACUCAAAAGCACAAAUCUGUCCCGCAGCCUAGGUCGCCCCUUUCAGCAGGGAUCUUGCGGCCUCUCCGCCCUCCCCGCCCUUAAAGGGCCAGCAGGCGAUCUAACUUCCAGGGCUUUUGCAGGGAGGGGAGAAAGACUCUGCUUGUGGGACAAAGCACAGACUUGGGAGGUGGGGGACUCUGGGCUGGGUUAGAGAAGCCUGGUAAUGGGGGGAUACUGAGAGGGACUCCAGUCUCGUCCUACGUACUCCUGGUUCCUCGUCUCCAGCGUCUCAGCCUCUCCCCUCCAGACUUUGCCUUUAAAUAGAGGGAGAAAAAAAAAAAAAAAAGGAAAAACGGUGUAUUCUACGUGUGUUUGUUUGUUUUUGAAAAUCAAUUUGCGCCUAAAAGAGAAGCCCCUGGAAUGGGGAUUUUUUUAAUCUGCCCAUAUUUGUAAAACUGGUAUUUUCGACUUUGUAUAAAGAAGCGCCGUUGACUGUGUGUCUGUCUAGAUGUCGACCCUAUUUUCAGGUAAGCCUGUUUUGGAGGGCACAUCUGUGACCAAGUGGACCGUAACUCUGGGACCAGAGUCCCUUACCUGACUGCCGACUUCCUCUCUCUCCUCCCGUCUUUGCUCGAACCUUCCUUCCCUCCAGCCUUCCUGGUUCUGCCCUCACUGCCCCUCGUCCUGCCAUCUGUCCAUGGCCGUUGUGUGUGUCUCCUUAGCUCGCUCUUGAGAGGCUGACCUGGGGGUGGGGUGGGGUGGGCAGGGGUCUGGGGCCACGUGGCUCUGAGUCUGCAACCGUAGAUGGGCAGAACGCGUGUUUAUGAAUUCUCAGAUAUGUACAAAUCUCGAAUUGAUCGCCGCCUCAGCUCAAGAGUGAAACUUCGGUACCCUAUCUUCUUGGGUUGUGAAUGUGUCUGUAUUCAGUAUCACUUUUUAUGUGUUUAAAAUAUAUACUUUGUAAAUAGA